ACCAUCACCUCUAACCAUAGAGUGCAGCAACCCAAAACAACAAGCUGACACCAUCACAUUUUAAAACAUAGCUGGCUUCAGACCUGAGAACGCCUGAGAAAUAAUUUCACCUCUCAGGCUUGGAGCAGGGGGAACAGCAGCAGCAUGGAAAAUCUGUCUCGACUGGUUCUGCUUCUUUUGUUUGCUGGCCAAGCACCAGCCCUGACAGCGACCCCGGAGGGACUGGGGGUAAGACAGAAUCCUCCCUCUCUCAGUGUGAUGCGCGGUGAAACGGCAAAACUGUUCUGUCAUUUCAAAGUUGAAUCCCUCAAGUAUGGGGUUCAGUGGUUCAAAAUGAAGCCGGGGAAGCAGCUCAUCGCAAAGUCAUCCAGGCACAUCGUGGUGGAGGAGGAUCAAACCUCCUCUCUGGAGAUCUCUGAGGUAGCACUGGAGGAUUCUGGGUGGUAUUACUGCGAGGUGAACGUUCUGCAGAAGGACCCAGCGAUGGGCAACGGCACCAGGCUGCUCGUCUUGGGACCACCUUCUGCUCCCAAAAUUUACCUCCAGGUCCCGCCAGACCCUCUGACUGGUAAGUGGGCUCUCAUCUGUCUCACUGGGGGAUUCCACCCCAGCGUGCUCACCCUCACCUGGACCUACCAGAGCACAGCAGCCACUAUCGAUCACCUGUCAGUCACCAACUGCACCCUCCCUGCCACGAGCACUCAGAGAAACAUUUCUGAAGGAGCCCUGCUGUCUGUGUGGUUGGUGAACUCCAUGCCUCCGAGCCAGCCAAAGUGUUUCCAAGUGAUGGACAACCACAGCCAGGAAGUUUUCCUCUUCAGUGUAUUUUUCCUCCCAAUGAAACACUCUUUGGCCACAGGCAUCACCUUCACGUGUGGGGUGCACGACCAUCCUGCUCUGAGCACGGCUCUGACUGCCUCCUUCACCUGGGACGCUUCCCCGAACAAGCUGAUUUUACACUUGAAUAUUCUCAAGAUGUGCCUCCUCUCAGCGGUGACAGUUGUGUUUGUAAUGGAAGGAGUCAAACAUUGCUGCCUGCAGGGAAAAUAAUGUCAAUGCCAUGAACUACAGAAUGAAAAAGCCGACAAACAAAAAGAAGGACGGGCGGGUGUUCAGUGUGACUCAUCUCGGCACCAACCUUUGACAAACAACAUCAAAACAAAUCUUUAAUUUUAGAGCAAAUAUUGGACAUAAGUCUCUCUCCAAUAGUUGAUAUUUUAAAGUUCUUGCCUCUGUGUUUUCCUCAGUGUUCACAGACGUUAUACUGUGUUUCCCCUUAAGGCUCAUAAACUCCCACGCCAUUCAUGUUGCAAUGGAUGUUAAUCAAUGCAGCCACUAGAGGGCGCCACUCAGUCAAAACUUUGCUGCCGUCCAACUGGCAUUCAGUUCCAAUCUGAUCUGUGCCCAGGCAAUAUAACAUCAUAUUAUAGUACAUAACCAGUCUGUCCUGAAAACCUUCCAACCAUUUUCCAAAGUAUUCUUAUUCCUUGUAUUUCGCUGGUCUAGCUUGGGCUGUUGGCUACACUGCUCGACACUGCCCCCAAGAUUUCCAGUGGUAUUGCAAUGUUUGGUCUGCAUCCAUAAGCCCCAAGAAACACACCAACAUACGGACAAAAUGAACGAGAACAAGCAGAAGGCUAAUGGAAAGACAACCUACGCUGUAGAAAAAAUAAAGCCAAUGCUGAAGUGCAAAAGACUGCAGUUCCUUGAGUGUCCACUUGAAGCUGACUCAAAAAGACCCAGAAGUCCAAUACACACCCCAUAUUAAAAUGUACAUUUUUGUGUUUACAGGCUGGAACAGAAAUGUAUUUCAGUUUGAAUAGUUUUUGUUAUUUUCAGCAGACAUUGUACGGAAGGUGAAUUUUUUUUUUCAACUCAUCCGAUUUGAUAUUAUGAAAGAGUGUAAUUCAUAAUAAGGGGCGUGGCUUUUAUGACUGAUGGGUGUAUUGUAGCUGUUUGUCAGGAGGCUUAAGGUCCGCCCUCACUCUUGGCCUGUUACUAGUUUGGCCAAAAGAAAGUUUGAGACAGCAUUUCCAAUAGGGGGAGUCCUAUCAAUGAACUUCAAAAGUCUGCCUCAGAAACCAACGGGUGAUGUCACUGAGUCUUUGUCCAUGUAUAUACAGUGUAUCUGUAUCUGUAUGCCCAAUCAAACCUAUAAACGAUAAACCAGCCUUAACAUGAUGCAAUGCUCACAUCGUUCUUCACACCAAAGCUGUUUAUCUCUUUAACUCUUUAUCUCCGUUGGUUUGCUGACUAUCCUCUUUUUGGGGGGGAUUUUCUCAUUGUGUCAUUGGCUGGUAGUCAGCACAUCUUAAGUCGUUCACUCAGGUCUGUGUGUCAAAAUGAAUGCUCCACGCAUGAUCCACCUGUCAAACAAGAGACAGUGAUCAGCACAACCUCCGCAUAGACCUAAUCCUCACCAAACAGGAUUACAGACGAUGCCGCCGCUUGCCUGUGAGAUAGCAUUGUUUAUGUGUGCGUCGCGUGGGGCGAGAUCUAGAUUCACGUGUUGGAGGAAGUUUAUUUUAAAUUUUAUGGCCGCCCACACAUGCCGGCAAUGCAAAAUACAGUCAGUAAUAAUGAAUAAGAUUAAAAAUGGUGUACGACCAGACAAGUGAUGUCAAAAUCCUGCUUUUUUUAACGCAAUAAACUCUCUGUUCUCUCACUUAUUUUUUUUAUUUCUGAACUCCUUUUAAGACUUUCAUUAUACAUACAUAUAACGCUAUGAUCUAAAUUCAUGUAUUGCCAAGAAUAUUUACAUGCAGUGUUUAUGUUUGUCACUCUCUCUUUCAAAAACAAAUUAGUCCUUAUCUCUUCUCCUCAGACAAACACACACACACACACACACACACACACACACUCACACAAACGCCAUUACCUUGUACCUGUACCAAACAGACUUCUUAGCAAUAAGUUAAAUAAAUGUGUUGUGUGAUUUGUUAAAAUAAAUUGUUCAUCUGUG